AUGGCCCACAUCAAAGCGAAGCCCACGUGGCCUCUGCCGGAACUUUCAGGCGUUUCCGCAGGCUCGCGGAUCUCCCAGCCUCUCGCGCAACGGGCCGACAACUUUAUUCCAACCACAGCACAAAACCACGUCGAGCCGCCCGUCUGCAUCUUCUUCUCCCAAGGUAAAUGCAAAUACGGGUUCUCUUGCAAGUUCAAGCACACUGCCAUUUCCGAGGUUGCCGUCGCUCCCACACCUCCUGCUCCGUUUUACCGGCCACAAGAAACGCCAACGACGCAAGCUACCCCCGAAACGACCUUCACCCACGCCGGGGAGCUGUCCAAGGUGCUCAGCGGCGCAACCGUGAUCUUUGGCGACGGAGCUACGAUACAGAGCGUAUCGCUGCGGUCCGACUUCUCGGCAGUCCAGCUCUCGCACGUUCAUCUCGGCGUCAACGUCGGCCGCAUAGUUGCAUUUGUGGCCUCGCUCGGAUUCGCAAACGUUCGUACGGACUGCAUUCAACUGAAGCCAAUCCCCGAUGGCUCGGAACAAGUUGCGGAAAUCAGGGUCGAGGACCCGUCGUUUGCGGAGAACUUCCUGCGCCAGGCUGGACAUAAGCUGAGGAUGGAUGGCAGGACGUUGGCGGCAACGCGCAUACAACAUGCGGAUGGUGAUUCUGGUGCGAAGCGGUUGCAGCUGAGUACCGUUAGCUGCGCUUGGUUCAAGCCGUCGAAGGUUGGUUGGCUCCACUUCGCGAAUGAGGGCGCGGCUCUUGCUGCUGUCAAACUCCUCGGGAAGGGGACAAUUCGGGGAAGAAAGCUGCAACUGACAUACCGGGCGCCUCGAAAUCACGUCUUGCGAGGCCUCAGUAACGAAGUAUACUCCGUCCAGAUUGGCAACCUGCAUGUAGACACAACGUCCCCGGACCUGCUUCAUGCCCUCUCUCGAAACAAGCCCAAGGACAUCAAGUGGGGGGCUGCAUCUUAUGAUACUCCUGACUACGCAGUAGAACGCAUCAUGAGGCGUCAGCUGGAAGAAUUUGGGCCGCUCUCGGACUGGGAAGUGAUCAACGAUCACACAAGUGUCAAAGGCAAGGCCACAGCUCGCUUCGUCAGCGCCGAGGACGCUCGGAAGGCGGCAAGCCAACUUGACGGGCGCAAGGUUCCUGAGCUGGGAUAUUCGAAGGUUCACGUCUCGGCAAUUGUCUCCAUCAAGCUUUCCGUACAGCUUCUCAUUCUACGAGCGGUUCAGACAGACGUGGAUGAGCUGAAGGCACAGAUCUGGGAGACGCACCACGUCCACAUCAAAGUUUACGAUCCGCCGGCCCACUCUCUCUAUACGACUUUGCGGAUAUACGGAGACGAUCGCCAAGCGGUAGCCAAAGCGAAGGGCUCGGUGGAAAAGAUCCUUGCCGGUACAAUAGCCAAGGAUGGCGGGGAUCCAAUUCACGACCUGUUCUUCUUUCAGCCCGCCGGGAGCGAAUUCAUCCAACGUCUCAUGGAAGAGCAUUCGGUCCUUGUUUACCGCGACAUGAAAAAGACGCUCCUACGCAUCUACGGUCUCCCCAAUGCCGUGCAGGAUGCAGAAGCGGCACUCAGAAAGCGCAAGUCAGAGCGCUUGAGCAUGGUCCACACGAUCCCCUUGACACCACAAUCGCUUCGUUUGGCCCUCCACGGAGGCUUCAAGCGCCUCGUUGAGACCUUCGGCAAGGAUGCAGUCAAGAUCGACAUCACGGGAACACCGAAGACAGUCACCUUCCGGGGCUCCGCAAACGAUUUUGACAGAGUCUGCGCCAUAAUAUCUGGCACAGGUGAUGAUGAGGGUGAACUGCAGCACCGGAUGGCAGCGCUCUCCCCCACAGACGAGGACGAUCUUUGUGCCGUGUGCUGGACGACACCCGAAGACCCCGUCCGCAGGCACUGUGGCCACACGUACUGCCUGCCUCGUGGAUUUCUGUACGACGUGCCACGUCGCGGCGCAUGA